AUGAAGCUGGCUUCCAAAGGGCCCAUUUUGCGGUGGUCGGCGCGGAACCCGACGACGGGCGCCGUUUUUUCACGGAGUGACUGGCUCUCGGGCCGUGACUUCGGUCGUGAGGAAAGGGACUCGGGGCUGUUGCUUCGUCUACGCGACAUUGGUAGUCGCUGCUCAGAUGCUGCUCUUCCCAUUGCCGUGGUCAAGGCACAGUCAAGUGACUUCCAGGUGAAUGAGAUCGAUGCAAGUGGUAGCGUAGCUACGCUGGAAAAGGCUCCCAAGGGCAAGUGGCGGAAAAUAUCACGCCAAAAAACGCUCCUGAUUGAGGAUGACGCGGCGACUCCAUUUGGUGACCCGACCAAGACGUUUACUCCGCGUGUGCAAAGUUAUGGGGAGUAUGUGAGAAUCUUGGGGAAGCUUCCGCGGGACUCUCCUAUCUUGCGGUUCGUCGUCUACAGGGACGCCUAUUCCCUUCUUAGCGUUGAAAACCGUAUGGGGUAUGCGUUGUCCCUUCAACCGGGCUCCGCGUUAUUGUGUGAGUCUGCUGGGGGUUCCUUUGGCUGUAUUUCACAGUAUGGCCUCUGCAUUGGCAUGACAAGAGAACUUCUUCCACACGCUUCGCGUCACUACAACUUGCAUCCUCUUAUUUUCAACCCUCAAACGUACCACGCAGAAGAGAGCCUUGAUUUUUUGUUGCGGAGACCCUCUGGGCAUUACUACCGUCUUGUUUUGCGCUGUGUCGACGGGGACCAGGACUCCAUAAACCAUCGACUAAAGGUAUUAAGCGAGGGAGGAUUUGUGAAUUAUUUUGGUCUGGAAAUGUUUGGGAUUGGGUCGAACAGAUUGUUUGAUGUCGCUGCUUUCGCCGCCAAAGGGGAUUUCCGACAAGCUGUGGGGGGCCUGCUUCAAUGCAUCGCGGAGUGUGAUGGCAUGCAUCACGAUUACUACAUCAAGUACCUGAACGCCGAUCCCGGCACCGUACUGGGGAUAGCAAAGUUGUGGGCCGCUGCGGCGAAGCACAUGCGAUCCCAAAAGUGGGUGGUUGACUUGUUAAAGGGUGUGGUAGACUACCAUGAGAGUGGGGAGGCGGGGCAACAUCUUUGUGAAAUCUGGGGGUCUCUUCCCAUCCGGGAGAGGAUUCAAUCUAGUGCAGCGGAGUUUGUAUGGAACGCCAUGGCCUCCCAAAGGCUCUUGUCGAGGGGCUUGGAGGUGGUUGAAGGGGAUGUGGUGCGGUCGCGCCUCCUCGACAGCUCUAUUGCCAGGGGCUUGUCUUCUGCUUCAUGUGAGUAUAAAACGGUUACAGCGGAGGAUAUAAGACUAGGUGUUUACGAUAUCACAGACGUAGUUCUUCCUGUUCCCUACGGUAGUGACGCCUUUAAUCGUUGCCUGUUUCCUCAACUCGCGCCUUUCGAUUGCCAGCUCUACAAGGAGUUUGCAGCAAAGCAUGGCUUGUCUUUUUUGUUUGAGAAACCACUUGAGCCAUCCGCAUUCCCGCGGGAGUUUUAUCGACCGCUUGUAGAGAGACCUAGGAACCUUCAGGCUUCCGUGAUUAAUGACCCAAACUCGUUUACAUGUUUAAAAUCAGAUCUUUUGAUUAUGCAGGAGCAAAAGCUGAUCCAUGCGAAGGACAUGGACUACGCCUCGCGGGUGCGUGAGCCCUGCGUGUAUAAUGUCUCGGAGCGUUUUGUGGAAAAGAUGGAACCCAUUAAAAAGACCCAUACAGGCCCUAAUUCUGUCGUUCUGUUUUGCCAACUUUCAGAAGGAACAUCACCGUUUGUAAUGCUGAGAGAGGCCUUUUCCCUCCGCUACGCUGCGUUUCAAGACAUGUAUGGCGUUUUGUAG